UAUGUUUAUCUUGAUUGUUCAAAUGUCAUCAAGUUAAAUUAUCAACUUCAAAUCCCUUUAUCAUUCUCAUUUUAUAUGAGAUUUGACAUAGAAAUGAGCAUGAAGUGCUGUGAAAUGUGCAUUUAACUGUCUGUUUACCAUAAUAUCGCAGUAAUUAUUUAUAGUAAUUUUUUAAUCAUUAAAAAGUUAAUUAUUAUAAAAAUAUAUUCUAGCUGUAUGUGAAUAUACUGUCAAAGAUACAAGGAUGCCGCCUAAAUCUACUACAAAAUUAUUGACCCAACUGCGAGCUUUAAUGCAAAAUACUAAAUAUGUAUCAGAACCCAUCCAUGCGUACAUUGUUCCCUCUAAUGAUGCACACACCAGUGAAUACCUAGCAGAUUGUGAUCAGUAUCGAGCGUACAUUUCUGGUUUCACUGGAUCUGCUGGAACUGCAAUAAUAACACAUAAUGAAGCCUGUUUAUGGACAGAUGGUAGAUACUUCUUACAAGCAUCUCAACAGUUGGAUUCAAAUUGGACUCUUAUGAAGGAAGGCUUGGCAAGUACUCCAACUGAAGGAGCAUGGUUAUCUAAAAGUCUUCCUUCUGGUUCAAGGGUGGGAGUUGACCCCAAAGUUUUUGCAUUUAACAACUACAUGCCUUUAAGUUCACAGUUAGAAGCAGCAGGUCAUAAGUUAAUUCCAGUGUCGACUAAUUUGAUUGAACUGCUAUGGACAGAAAGACCAAAGCGUCCGACAAAUCCUGUCAUUCCACUACCUUUGAAAUACAGUGGAAGAACUGUUAAAGAAAAACUGGAGUCCUUACAGGGUCAAAUGAGAGAAAAGGAUGCUAAGUAUUUGUUGCUUGCUGCACUUGAUGAGAUAGCUUAUUUUCUGAAUUUAAGAGGUUCUGACAUUCAAUACAAUCCAGUUUUCUUUUCAUAUGUUAUUGUUUCUUUGAAUGGUUUUACUGUGUUUGUGAACCCCAAACAAAACUCCUCAGAAAUAAAACAGCACCUAACUUCUGAGGCCGGUAACAUAUAUACUAUAGAACCGUAUGACAAAAUAGAAGAGAAAUUGAAGAACCUUGUAAACAAUCUAGAUGGUACAAUAUGGUUCUCUGAGGCCACCAAUUAUGCACUCAUCAGUUUAAUUCCCAAGAAAAAUCUCUUGUUGACCAAUAUUACGCCAAUACAACUAAUGAAAGCUAUUAAGAAUUCUGUUGAAAUCAAUGGAAUGCGUAAUGCACAUAUUAAGGAUGCUGCAGCACUCUGCUGUUAUUUUUCAUGGCUUGAAAAAAAUGUAACAAGUUCAAAAAUAACUGAAAUCUCAGGAGCAAAAAAAUUGUUGGAUUUUAGAAAGCUACAAGAGGAUUUUGUGGGUGAGAGUUUUUCCACUAUUAGCUCAGUCGGGCCUCAUGGUGCUAUUAUUCAUUAUUCCCCUGAUGAAACCACUGAUGUCCAAAUAACAAAUAGUUCGUUGUAUCUCUGUGAUUCCGGAGGCCAGUUUAAAGAUGGAACAACUGAUGUCACAAGAACUUUGCAUUUUGGAACUCCUACAGAAUUUGAAAGAGAAUGCUAUACUAGGGUUUUAAAGGGUCACAUCAAAAUAGCAACUUCAGUUUUUCCUCGUAAAAUUAAAGGUAACUAUCUUGAUUCAUUUGCACGAGAGUAUUUGUGGCAAGUAGGAUUGGAUUAUGCCCACGGUACUGGUCAUGGCAUCGGAUCCUAUUUGAAUGUUCAUGAAGGCCCAAUGGGAAUCUCCUGGAAGCCCCUUCCGGAUGAUCCUGGACUCGAGGCAGGCAUGUUUAUUUCUAACGAACCAGGAUAUUAUCAAGAUGGAGAAUUUGGCAUUCGUAUUGAAGACAUCAUACAAAUAGUAGAUGCUAACCCACCACAUAAUUUCAACAACAAAGGCUAUUUAACAUUUGAUUCUGUUACUUUAGUCCCUAAAAUAAUAAAAUUAAUCAUUAUCGACAUGUUAACUGAUGCAGAAAUAGAUUAUUUGAAUAAAUAUCAUCAACAGUGUAGGGACGUUGUUGGGCCAUUAUUGCAGCAACAGGGUCAGCAAGAGGCUUUGGAAUGGUUAAUUAGAGAAACUCAGCCAAUUUCCAGAUAAUUUUACUUCAGCUUUCUAUUUUUGACAAUACUAACAGUAUUUUGAAAUAUAUUUUAAUAAAUUU